AUGCUGCAAGUACCAAAGGAUUUAUUUGUUGAUAUGGCGGUCUAUAAGAAUGUUAUCAAAACAGAAGAUGAUAAUGAGUGUCUUAAAUCAAUUUAUUAUUAUGCAAAAGCAUUGCGUGCUAGUGAAACACAAAAUAUGAGUUCAACAGAAAUAGCUGCAGCUCAAUUAAGUUUAAUACCAUUGAAUUCUGACGAUCGUAUUUUGUUUCUUGGAGUUAAAGGAGGCUAUAUACAAACAGUCGCAGCUCAAAUAGUUGAAUUUCAAGGUCAAGCAUGGAUAGGCUCACAAGAUAAUCAAGGUCUUCAACAUGUUGAAGAUGUUCUGACAAAUCAUGUGCCCACUAUUCUACGGCAAAUUAUCAAGUGUGUUUUAGUUAGUAAUAUUCAAGAUGUAAAUCAGAGUAAGAAUCGAUUAGAACAACGAUUCGACUCUACGGAAUAA